AUGGAUCUCGUCAACCACUUGGAAGGCCGUCUCCUCUUCGCCGUCCCCAAAAAAGGACGUCUGCAACAAGCAACCCUCGAUCUCCUCGCCGGCUGUGACGUCCAGUUCCGCCGCGAAACCCGCCUCGACAUCGCGCUGGUCAAGAACCUGCCCAUCGCGCUGAUCUUCCUGCCCGCCGCCGACAUUCCGACCUUCGUCGGCGAAGGCCGCGUCGAUCUCGGAAUCACUGGCCGCGACCAAGUCGCUGAGCACGAUGCCACCCUGCCCGCCGGCGAGGUCUCCGGCGUCGAGGAAAUCCUCGACCUAGGCUUCGGCGGCUGCAAGCUACAGGUGCAGGUCCCGGAGAAGGGUGAUCUCAAGGAGGCCAAGGACCUCGUUGGCCGCAACGUCGUGACCAGCUUCACUGCCCUCGCCGAUGCUUUCUUCCGUAACCUGGAAGGCGCCGAAGCUGGCCAGAAGCUCGCCACGAAGAUCAAGUAUGUCGGCGGUAGUGUUGAGGCUGCUUGUGCCCUCGGUGUCGCGGAUGGUAUCGUUGAUCUUGUUGAGUCCGGUGAGACUAUGAAGGCUGCCGGCCUGAAGGCAAUUGACACCGUUGUCUCCAGCACCGCCGUGCUGGUCAAGUCCCGCCAGUCCAACAGCGACAUCCUCACCCUCCUCACCUCCCGUCUGCGCGGUGUCAUCACCGCCCAGAAGUCACCCCCCGGUAAGCGUGCGCCUACUAUCACCGCGCUCGAGGAGGAGGGAUGGGUUGCUGUCAGCUCGAUGGUGGAGAAGAAGCGCAUUGCUACGGUAAUGGAUGAGCUGAUUAAGGUUGGCGCAAGUGAUAUCUUAGUUAUGAACAUUGCCAACUCGCGCACGGAUUAA